CCCAGUCUGGGGAGGAAAGGCUGCGCUCUGGCUUGGGGGACGUGCUCAGAGUGGACAAAUCAUGCUAAUUGUUUGGGGGAGAGUGCGAGCGUCAGACCCAAGAUGAAGGCAGGGAGGAAGGCUCGCUCCAGGACGCUAGCCUCUUUUGCUCUACCGCACCUCUGCUGCCUCCUCUUCCUCUUCCAAUCAGGGGGCGUUGAAGGGGUGAACAUCACCACUCUUGGGACUCUGAUCCGAGGCACAGUGGGCGGGGAAGCGCUGCUCUCUGUUCGAUACUUCAGCACCAGUCUGGACCCACCAGUCAUCAAAUGGCAGCUGAAGAGAGACAAGCCGGUCACUGUGGUUCAGUCCAUCGGCACAGAGAUCAUCGGUAACCUGCGGCCGGAGUACAGAGACCGCAUCCUGGUGUUUGAGAAUGGCACACUUCUGCUCCACAACCUUAAACUUUCUGACGAGGGAACGUACGACGUGGAGAUCUCCAUCACUGAUGACACCUUUACAGGAGAAGGCAGCAUCGAACUCACCGUGGAUGAGCCAAUAUCAAGACCCUACAUAGAUGCAGUCACUUCCACUGUUCUGGAACUCACAGAACACUUCACUAUGAACUGCUCGCAUGACAUGGGCACCAAGGCCACUUACAGCUGGACAAAGGGAGGCAAGCCACUAGCAAAUGACACUCGCUUGAUAUUCUCUUCAGACCAAAAGGUCCUGACCAUUACACGAGUGCUGAUGGUGGAUGAUGAUGUCUACAACUGCCUGGUGGAGAACCCUAUCAGCAGUAUGAAGAGUGUUCCGAUCAAGGUCACGGUUUAUAGAAGAAGUUCUCUUUACAUCAUACUCUCCACAGGGGGGAUAUUCCUCCUAAUCACCCUGGUAACUGUGUGUGCAUGCUGGAAACCAACAAAAAAAAGUAAAAGACAACGGGCCAAAACAAAAGUACCGAGAUCCGUCCCUCCAAGCCAUCACAUAAUACAUGAGGAUAAGCCAGAAGAUGACGUUAUCCCUAUAAUGACGGACCAUGAGCACAGGAACCCAGUAUCACUUUACAUCCUGAAAGAAAAGGACCCUCCUGGCGAAGAACCAGCAUCAGUAUGCAAAACAUGCACCUCCAACGGUGGGGGCAGCAGCGUUAGCUCCCCCAGCUACAGCAGCACUGUGGCUCCGCCCCCGACCCGUUCUCCAGACCCGCCGUCGCGCUCUUCUCGCCGCUACCCGCGCACCCCCACCAACUCUCCACCCAUGCACCAUUACCACCGCAGGCAAGGCCGCAGCCGCAGCCGUAGCCGCAGCCGCAGCCGCAGCCCCGGCACCCCCUCCCCGUCCCAAAACCGCAGCAACAGCCGUCCCUCCCAACGACCCCCUGUGCCCUCGCCUCCCAGCCUCAAGCGGCCGCCCACCCCCGAAUCAGAGCGCAGCAGCAGCGGCUCACCGAAGACCUGAACGAACACCUCCGCCGAGCCCGAGUUCUGCUUACACAGAUACAGAGCCUUCUCAUGAACUACUGGCAACUUCCGGACUUGUUUACAAGACAGAUGUAAAUAUGUAAAUACAGAAGAUACCUGGGUUUUUCCUUUCAAAUGCAUAUCUGUAUCUUUAUUUACUUCAAAAGACUCGCAUCCUACAUUGUCCAUGACUGAUUUAUGCCCUGAGGACCAGCUAUGAUAUUUGUUUGGUUUUUAUACACCAUAGCAGUCAUAACUCUUUUUUUCAAUACUCUCAAAAAUCAAGGUGCUGCAGAGAGUUUUUUUUUUUUAUUACAUUUUCUUUUUUUUUCUUUUUUAUUUCAAUUUUUUUCCAUUUUCUCCCCAAUUUUGCACUGCUAAUUACCCAACCCACUCACCAGGAGUCCCCCUAUCACUAGUGAUGCCCCAACACACCAGGAGGGUGAAGACUAACACAUGCUUCCUCCGAUACAUGUGAAGCCAGCCACCGCUUCUUUUCGAGCUGCUGCGGAUGCAGCAUUGCCGAGUUGCGAGCAAGCUCGAAGGAAAGCGCAGCGGCUUGGUUCCGGUACAUCAGCUCACAGACGCCCUGUGCUGCGGGUAUCACCGUGGGAGUGAUGUGGGGAGAGAGCGCCAUCUACCCACCCGGAGGGAGCAGGGCCAAUUGUGCUCCCUCUGAGCACCGGCAGCUUGAUGGCAAAGCUACAUGAGCUGGGGUUCGAACCUGCAACCUCCCGCUCAUAGUGGCAGCGCUUUGUACUGCUCUGACCACUCGGCGCCCCCUUUAAUUACAUUUUCAACAAAAAAAGAAUAUAUAAAUUGGGGCAGUUGGGGUUAUUAGAGGUCCCUGACCAACCAAUUCUAGCCUGGAUACAAGCUUGUGCAUGAAAGCUUCCUGUAUGUCAUCCUGCAGUACAUUUGCCAACAGAAGUUGCAGAUGGGCUUGUAGAUCCUGUACACUCACUCGCAUGUUGGCAAAGCUGGUGCCCCAGCUGCUCGAGUCCCAUAAAUGUUCAAUCGGCAAUAAGUCUGGCGACCAAGCAGACCAAGGUAGUGUUGGGAAUGCUCCUUGCUGUGUAUGGAUGAAAAAUUCCAAAUUAAAGUCCUACCAUGAGAGUCAACACAUGCGGCUGUAGGAUGUCCUGCACAUCUGUGAGUGUGCCUCGUAUCACUACAAGGGGAACAGACAGUCAUAGGUCACAGUUGGGGCAGUCAUUUUACAGCAAAGGCAGGAUUGCAGUGCUCACCAUGGAUUCCUGUUGGAUUCUAAACAAUAUUUGGAUUCAUCACAAAUGAUCAUACAGUUCUAAUUUGUUGGUCAAAAUUAACCUCUCAGAGCCUGUUUAUGGCAUAUGGCAUUGCUCAAAGAACCCUUUGCAGCACCUUAGUUGUAGGAGUGUAUGACCAGUUUAUUAUGGAAAUAUUUUUAUUAUGAUUGACUGCUCUUCACAUUGUGUUGUUCAGUCUCAGGAUCUGACUAAAAUGGAUCCUUACUCUCUUUAUAGCAUUGCACUACUAUAUAAAGGGACAGCCUGUUUAGUUUAUCAAGUAGCUGAUACACUGUAUAUUUUAUAUGUUUAUAUCAAUUAACAUAUAAACAAAAAAUAUUUUUUGAUUCUAUACCGUUUUGGCUACAUCAAACUUUUCCACAUCAAAACUACAUCAAACUUUUCCAACUCAGUUUUUUUUAAGCUGCUGCUCAUUAGUUCUAUUUAUGAGCUCUCACAAAAAUACAUAAUCUUAGUAAAGUUCAAUACCUUUUUUUUUACAGAACAGGUGUACAUAUGUAAAUACACAAAAUACAUUUCACACAAAGUAUCUUUUUUCUUUUCUUUUAUUUCCUUUUUCUUUAGAAUUGCUGCAAUUUUUGUGAAGAAUGUACACCUUUUUUAUUACUAUCCAGUCACAAAAAUAACCAAAUAGGAUGUUUGGUCUUCGAUUUAUCGGACAGAUGUGAAUUGUUUAGAAAAAAAAAUAUUUGGAUACACAACUUUUCCAUUCAUUUCCAUUCAUUAUUAUCAACUCAUGCUGAAAUAAUGGUUUCACAGAAGGGCACAACCUAAUAUAGUUUUGUUUUAAUUUUUAUAGUCAUCUGUUCAUUUUCACAGGAAUUAGAUAGAUAUAUCUCCAGAUUCACUCUAAAAAGUCUAUUAAUUAAUGUUACAUGCAAUCAUUUUCACACAGAUUAUGUUGCAUAUAUGUAAAUCCAGUACAGUACAUACAGUAAGUAGGUUAGUACAGUCUCCACACAGUGGGGUUAGUUCAACAUAGGGAAGCCUUCCCAGAAAGCGUCAGAGAGAUCUAUUCUUUGGCAGUUAUUCUCAACAGGGAGUAGACAAGCUGGGUAAGUGUACAUUAACAGUGUAGUUAAAUUUGACACUUUUUUAGAUUAGAUUUAGAUUAAGAGGAUUGUGAAUUGUUCAUAAUCAUGAGAUGCUGGAAAGAGGCCUGACAUUUUUAUUUGUAGAUAAAACAAAAUCUGUUAGGUAAGAUCCAAAAAUAAUUGACAUAAUCUUAUGAAUAAUGUAUACCUUAAAGGUGCAUUCCAGCCUAAUAUUAAAGUAUUUAAUGUAUUGUUUUUCAUAUUUAUGUAAUAGCCUCUGUUGGUUUGAAAGGACCCACAACUUCGUAUUUUGUGUUAAAGCUUUCAUUACAUUUAGAUGCACACCUCUGAUAAAACAUUAUUGCUAGUCUAAUUGUUAUAGUCAAAGUGAUGAAGGUAGGCAGUAAGAGUUCACUUGCACUUUUUAUAGCCGUGCUACACAUCUCUAAACUUUACACUGGUGGGUGUCUCUGUGGUAUUUCUGUUAUGAAUAUGAAUGAACAGAGUAGGAACUAUAUAAAACAUGUAUGAGUCAAUAAACAUUGAUGGUUUAUGGUUUCUAAUAUUAAUUUUAGAAAUCUCAGAAUUAAAACAAAACCUACAAGUAGUCUUGUGCUUUUUAUGCUUUUAUAUUUCCUCUCAAUCUCAGACUCACUAGGAAAUGAUUUACCUUAGCAUGUACCUUAGAAAGUACUUAUUAGUAACCUGCAAGCUCUGAAUGUCUGUUAGUCCACCUUCCAGUUGAAACACAGCAAAAUACAUCCAAUCAAACAUCUUACCUCUAUGGCUCCACUAUAUUAGUUAUGUCCUUUCUAAUAAAUAUUUAGCCCAAUCCCAUUUCUGUUUUGUACCCCUACCCCUUGUUUUUGAGUGUAACAAUUCCUCUUGGAACAAAGUUACAUCCCCUAAAAAUUUGGGCAACCCUUCAAGCACUCGAUACAGAUAUAGUUUUAGCUAUAGCAGUGGAGAUCUAAAGUUCGGCAACCUAGCUGCUGCUGGUAAACUAGUAAAGUUUAGGGCAUCAUAUAUCUUCAGAAAGAGGGCAGGUAAUGCAGCAAUUAUUUAUUACUGUUCAGUUUUAUUCCUUAAUUUAAUUGAUUGUGAGAUGAAAUUAGCUAUUAAAAUGAUCUCUUGUUGUUCCACCUUAAAUACUGUAGCCUAUGUCAUCAGUUGCACCAUUUAAGGUGGAUCAGAAAAGUUAAUUAGCUAGCUAGCUACUGAAACAAACUACAAGCAAAUUCUAGGCUUGUUAUGAAGAAAAUUACCAUAAACCUUGAAACUACACAUUAAACUAUGAUAAUAUAGUGGUUAUUGUCAUUUUUAUCAAGUAAAAUGAUCAAAUUUGUGGGUUUUUGCCAUCUUGCCGGUAAUAAUCAGUCCUCUGUUUGAAGUGUGCCUCUGAAAAACCUGAGUUUGAAUGGUUAUGUAGCACCCUACCUCUAGACGUGCAAGACAAAACAGAGAGGUAGGGCUAGGUGGUAGGGCCAAGGGGUGAAAUGGGACUGAGCCUUAGAGUUGUUUCCACAGAUUGGGGUCUAGUCCAAGAUUACACAUCUCUUACAAUGUAAAUCUCCUUUAACAUUGCUGUAUAGUCCAGGACUAUACUCUAUACUCAAUCCCUAUCUGUGGAACUAGUCCUACAUUAUCUCAAAAUGCUUGGACUGUUUCAAAAGCUCUUUCCACCUUAAUUAUAUAUGGUGAUAAUUUUUCCUAGUCUUUUAACUGGAAAAUCUCACUCCAGAGCCUAUUGUGGCAGCACUGUUUUUUUUGUAGUUAAAAGAACUACAAUAUAAAAUGGAUCACAUGAUAAAAAAUGUAAUAAUUUUAUUUCUUUAAGGUUAGCAUGUUUACAUUUUAACACAUGAAAAAAAUAUUUGUAAAAUAAAAAAUAGAUAGUUUCGAGUUUCGAACCACCAUUUUUUUUUUCAUCUUUUUCACCCUUUUGUAUGCAUAUUUGUGUUGUUAUUUGUAAAGAAGAAUGACUCUACUGUACACUUAGCAUAAAUGUUUAGACAUAAAAAAAGGAAUAAAUGAUU